UUAAAUCCAGUUAUAUGUGAUUCAAAGACCUUUACCAAUGAGUUCGCCGUUUGUCUUAAGGCUAAUAAAUGCCGACAAACGGACGCACAGUCUUUGGCCGAUAGACACGGCUUUCAAUUAGUUGGACAGAUCGGAUCCAUUGAUUGUCAUUAUUUAUUACGAUUGAAUCACAUCUCCAAGAGGUCCACAGAUUUGUCUCAUUCACAUCACUCACUCUUGAAUGGGGACUCAGAUGUUGUGUGGACACAACAGCAACACAUCAAAAGGCGUGUCAAAAGAGAUUAUAUAUACGGCGAAGACCCUGAGUACAGAAAAGACACUGAUAUUUCACUGCCAUUGUCUACAAACACAUCACAUCACAACUCAUUAGGCAUUCAAACAAUUAGACAUUCAAAAGAAGAGCAAAGUCUGAAAGGAAGGCGUAAACGGGAUUUCGUUCGCUUGACUUCCAGUCUUCGGUCGAGUCCUAACACUAAACGCAUGCAAUUCGAUGACCCGCGUUGGCCACAGAUGUGGUACUUGAAUAGGGGUCAGGGCUUAGAUAUGAACGUCCAAAUGGCGUGGAAUAAGAACAUCACUGGUUUGGGAUCAGUUGUCACUAUUCUCGAUGAUGGCCUCGAGAAAGAUCAUCCGGAUUUAGUCUCUAAUUACGACCCUUUGGCCAGUUUUGAUGUGAAUAAUCACGACGAAGAUCCUAUGCCUCGCUAUGAUAUGAUCGACUCUAACAGACACGGGACCCGAUGUGCGGGAGAGGUGGCGGCGAAUGCCAACAACAAUAUCUGUGCGGUUGGGGUCGCCUAUAACGCCAAAGUGGGCGGCGUUCGUAUGCUUGACGGCGAUGUGACCGAUGCGGUCGAAGCGCGUUCUCUCAGUUUAAAUCCUCAACACAUCGAUAUAUACAGCGCUUCGUGGGGUCCGGACGACGACGGGAAGACCGUCGACGGUCCGGGAGAGUUAGCCACCAGAGCCUUCAUUGACGGCGUGACCAAAGGUCGUAACGGAUUGGGCUCUAUAUUUGUGUGGGCGUCCGGUAAUGGAGGCCGAGAGCACGACAACUGCAAUUGUGACGGCUAUACGAACUCCAUUUGGACCCUUUCGAUCUCGAGCGCCACCGAGAAUGGUUUGGUCCCGUGGUAUAGCGAGGCCUGCUCUUCAACGCUCGCCACCACUUAUAGCAGCGGUUCGUAUGGCGAACGACAGAUCAUCACAACAGACUUACAUCACGGCUGCACUUCCAGCCAUACGGGCACUUCGGCCUCAGCUCCGUUGGCCGCCGGCAUCUGUGCCCUCGUCUUGGAGGCAAAUCCUGCGCUCACGUGGCGUGAUAUGCAGCACAUUGUGGUGCAAACGGCCAGACCUGCGAACCUACACGCGAGGGACUGGAAGACCAACGGUGUCGGCAGAAAUGUUAGCCAUUCUUUCGGUUACGGCCUCCUCGACGCCAAUGCAAUGAUAGAUUUGGCCAAACAAUGGGUUACCGUUCCCUCACAGAAGUUGUGUGAAGUGCGGAGUCAACCCAUCGACAAACUUGUUCCCGCGAAGUCUUACAUUGAAAUGUCAUUAAAAGUCUCAUGUGAAAACGUCAGGUUCUUAGAGCACAUUCAAGCAAAAGUCACUCUCACUGCCACCAGAAGAGGUGAUAUUCACGUAUAUCUGACAUCUCCGUCGGGAACGCGAUCGACACUCUUAGCGCAGAGACCAAUGGAUAACUCGAGGUCUGGAUUCCAGAACUGGCCGUUUAUGACCGUUCACUCGUGGGGUGAGAAUCCAAACGGCGAGUGGAGGCUUGAGAUACACAAUGAGGGCCGAUAUUACAGUCGAGCGUUUCUCAAGGAAUGGACUCUUGUUAUGUUCGGCACUUCAGUCAAUCCCGACAGAAGACAAUUGAAAGCAAACCACUGGUCUUCUAAUCAUUCACAUAGCGAUAUACCAUCAGUGCCUUUGACCACAUCAUCACCCGUUCAGGACUUCCCUAAUAGAAUAGUUGUGUCUGAAAAGAGUGUAACAAAAGCACCGAUACUUAACAUAAAGCACAAUAACAUCGGCGAAGAUGAGGACAAUUCAGAAAAUAUAGAAUUGGCUGACAGCUGGUCUAUUCUAGUUCACGGCACGCGUCACAGCAAAAACAAUGACAUGCUUUCGGAGGGAGCGAUGAGUGGCAGUGGUUGUGCUCUUUCUGAUCCAGUGUUGAGACGAUACUGUUUGCCUGGAUUUUUGCUUUUCAAUGAGGUGUGCAUCGAGUCGUGUCCGGAGGGAUACUUUAUGGUCGAGAAGAGCGCUAAACUCGAUGAACAGACCAACACAUCUGUUUCGUGCAAUCGGUGUCACUAUUCCUGUCGACACUGUUUCGGCUCUAAUGACAACGAAUGCAGUCAAUGCUUCUCAGACGCAACGCUUCAUCGAAACGGUCACUGUUUUGCUAAAGAGCUCGUCCAGGAAGUGGUCGCUCUGGAAAAGUGGUACACAGCUGUGGCCGUUGUCUUCUUAUGCCUUUGUUUUGUGAUCUUGACUUUAGUUAUAUACAUAUUAACCGAUAAAAAUGCAAAUAUAUUGUGUUGUUUGGCAUCCAAUACUCGACGAACUCCUGUAUACGACGGCUUACCCCUCAAAGCUCACCACUCAGUUGUUUUGAGCGCCGAUUCAUAUAAUAGCAAAAGAAAUAAAUAUCAGAUCGAAGAUAUCAGUGAAGAGGACUUAUAA